CAGGAGACCAAUACCCACUCAAAGCCUUCACCAGUUCGUUGAAUCAAAUUGAUAUGAAAUGUCACAAUAUGGGUUGAUCCAGUGGCAUGAAGAUGAAAAAGCUGAAGUUGAUAUUUUGUUCGUACAUGGCCUCCGAGGGGGAAGAGUCUCCACCUGGACCAAAAACGAAGUAAUUUGGCCCAAAGAACUUCUAGCAAAAGAUAUUCCAAAAAGUCGAAUUCUAAGUUUUGGCUAUGAUUCCGGGAUUAUACAUAGUGACUCUGCGGAGGUGACGCAGGGGAGCCUUGCUGACGACGCAAGGCAACUAUGUAGCCUUCUUGAUGAUAGAAGAAAGGAGACACAUACUAAGGAUCGCCCAAUCGUUGUUGUAGGUCACAGUAUGGGGGGACUGGUUCUAGCCCAAGUCAUCUAUGGCGGGAAUCAGGCCACGGAUGGAGACAGCAUCAAAUCGAUUUCUCAGAAAAUCAUUGGCAUGGUCUUUCUUGGGACACCAUUCUAUGGAUCCAAGAUUGCCGGUUGGGCAGAUGUUGCCCGACGGAUCUUCAAUCUGGUUCAGAGGACCGACCAGACUACGUUGAGGAAUCUUACGCUGGACUCCAAAGAGCUGAAGGAUCUUCGAUUUGGAUUCCCGGAAAUCGUUCGCCAGCGAAAUCAGACAGCUGAUAAGUUAGCAGUCGUCUUCUUUUUCGAGCAGAAGGCAACCGGCAAAGUGUGGAUUGUUAAAGAGGAAGAUGCAUCUUACCCAGGAGUUGGCGAGAUACUGCCGAUAAGGGAGAAUCAUAUCAACAUCUGCAAGUACGACGAUGAAGAAGAUAAUGGCUACAAGUCUAUCAGAGCAAAGAUCAAGCAAGUGAUAGAAGCAACACGAAAUGCCGAGCAGAAAGAGAAUUCUGGGAAUUAUGGCAUCACUGUUCACGGUAAAGUUGUCAACUUGACCCAACAUGGCGACAUUCGGAUUGAGAACCAAACGAACAACUUUUGAGUAUGGAGUUUUAGGUCCGGUAUGG